CCUGGAGGGCGUGGCCAUUGAGAGGAAGGAACUGACUCGCAGUUACCCAAGCAGGCUGGGUCGAAAGGGGUGUGGCUAGCGGGGAAAGACCGUCCCGCAGGGGCGGGGCUGGAGUGAGGGGGCGGGGCGGAGAGCCGGGAGGUUCCGAUUGGAGGUAGCGUUUGUGGGCGUGGCUAUGGGCGUGGCCGGGUGCCUGGGCUUGGGUUCCCCUUAGGUGUGGCUCCGGUGGGUCCGCGAGUCUCAGAUCCUCAAGUCUGUGCGUGGUUCCCGCCUCGUGAGAGCCCCGCAGGUGCAGCUCAGCUGUGAAAGACCAAGGCCUGCUGGAGGUGCAGAGCUCAGCCUUGGCCUCCCACUCCCCAGAGCUCCAUGCAGGUGCCCCAAGAUGGAGAAGACCUCGCCUGCCAGCCCUGGUACCACGGCCCCCUCUCUCGCCAGAAAGCUGAAGCUCUUCUUCUGGAGGAUGGAGAUUUCCUAGUUCGAGCCUCCGGGUCCCGUGGGGGCCACCCUGUGAUCUCAUGCCGGUGGCAGGGCUCUGCUCUCCAUUUUGAGGUGCUCCGCGUGGCCCUGCGUCCCCGGCCAGGCCGGCCUGCUGCCCUCUUUCAGUUGGAAGAUGAGAGAUUUCCCUGUGUGUCCGCUCUGGUACACAGCUACAUGGCCAGUGGGCGUCCAUUGUCCCGAGCCUCGGGAGCUGUGGUGUCCAGGCCUGUGGCCCGGCCAGGCUCUCUGCGGCGCAGCUUCAGCGAGGAUGCCCUUGUGGACAGCCCACCUGGGACCAAGCAUCUCAGGGCCAGGAAACGGAGCACCAGCCAGCCCACAGACUUAGAGCACUCAGGAUGGUCAAAAGACCCUUCAGAAAGACCAGGAGUCUCUACAGUGCCUGGAUCUGCCCUGCUCCGGAUAGGCAGUGACUCGGUGUUGCUGAAGACCCCGGCUUCCCUGGGAAAAACAGCUGACAGUCUCAGGGCCUCAGAUGGGCAGCUUCAUGCCAAGGCACCAGCCAAACCCCUCCGGGCACCCUCCUUGGUGCUUGGUGAGGCCUCUGGACUCCCUCCAACAUACUGUGAGCUGGUACCCCGAGUGCCCGGUGCCCCAGCAGCAACCCCUGGCCACAGCCACCCAGAGCCAGAGGCUCAUUGGUGGGAGGCUGAGGAGGAGGAGGAGGAGAAAGAGGAGGACAGAUGCUUUGUAAGACCACAGGCUGAGGUCUCUUUCUGUCCCCCUGACCACCCCUCCUGCCUGCUGGGCUGCCAGAACCGGCCUCUGGACCCCCAAAUCCUGCACAAGCUCCGUGGUUUGUUCCUGGAGCACCACCCUGGGGGCACUGCCCUGCACCUGCUAUUGGUGGACUGUCAGGCUGCAGGCCUUCUGGGAGUGACCAAGGAACAGCGAAGAGCCAUGGGGGUGGCCUCAGGCCUGGAGCUGCUCACACUUCCCCACGGACAUCGCUUGAGGUUGGAAUUGCUAGAGAGGCUGGAGACGCUGACGCUGGCCGGGGCGCUGGCGGUGCUGGGCUGCACCGGGCCCCUGGAGGAGCGCGCGGCCGCCCUGCGGGGCCUGGUGGAGCUGGCGCUGGCGCUGCAGCCCAGGGCGGCGGGGGACCUGCUGGGGCUGGCGGCCGUCAUGGGCGCCCUGCUCAUGCCCCAGGUGUCCCGGCUGGAGUGCACGUGGCGCCAGCUGCGCCGGAGCUACACGGAGGCUGCACUGGCCUUCGAGCAGGAACUGAAGCCGCUGAUGCGGGCUCUGGAUGAGGGCUCAGGACCCUGCGACCCCGGCGCGGUGGCGCUGCCCCACGUGACGCCCGCGCUGCGCCUGCUGGAGGCCGAGGACCUGGCGACGGGACCGCCGGCCGAGAGCUGCGGGCUGCUGCUGCGCGCGCUGCACCGGGCUCGGCUGGCGGCCCGCGACGCGCCGCAGUACCGCCGAGCCGCGGCCCGGCGCCUGCGAGGAUUCCAGCCUCACCCGGAACUGAGGGAGGCCCUGACCACAGGCUUCCUGCGCCGGUUGCUUUGGGGUAGUCGAGGAGCCCAGGCACCCAGAGCCCAACGCGUGGAGAAGUUCCAGCGUGUCCUCAGCGUCCUGUCCCAACGCCUGGAGCCCGACAGCCCCUCUUUACCUUAGGGACACCCACACUUCCAGGGCCACCCCACCCAAA